GGGUCGUGCUUGGCCCUGCCUCUCGCGUGGUUGGGUUCCUUCCGGAACGCCCUCUCUCUCUCCCGGCGAUUAGCCAGUAGACAGUUUCCAUGGUAACUGACACCGCACUCACUUUCCAGCCCUCAGGACAAUCCUGCUGGUCCCAACUUUGGCGAGACGGCACCCAGGUGGGUGCUUGCAACUUAUCACGCAUGCGCACGCCCCCCCCCCGCGCUGGUUGGCGUGUGCGUGCAUUUUCUACGUUACGUCUUCUUCCACAAGGCCCCUUAGCAACGGUCACCGUGGAGACGGAAGGAGCCGCCCUCCCCGGCGGAUUGGCUGCAUCCAGCGUCUCUCCGGUGUAGAUUGGCUGAAGCGUCGCUAGGGGGCCGGGCCUUGGCGAGAGCUGCUGGAGACCCGGCUGUCCCAGACCGCGGGCGGCGCGAGGGAGCAACGGCACCCGUCAGCCAGACGUCCGGCCGAUCCCAGCCGGAGCUUGAACAGAAGGAUCUCAGCUCCGGGGGUGGAUCCGGUGCAGAUGGAAACGGGUGUGCGGACCGAGUCGGUCGCGGCGGCCGACGAAGACCCCGCAGCCAACUUGUUCCCGGUGAGGGCGACGCAGUGGUCCGUUCGUGAAAGUUCACAGAAGGCCCUCCGGCGGGGCGCCACCUGUUCUAGACUCUCCCGGGCUGCCUUGGUGAAAAGCGGUGGGGGAUUUGUGCCCCCGAUUGUGAAUGUGUUCGUGGAUAACGCUAUCCACGAAGUCCAGCCCCGACCGCGUUGCCUGGACGCGGCCAGUUAGAGCGCGUUCGGGCCCGCUAGGCACUGGCCACCGACCAGGGUUUAGGGACCGCAGACGGCACAGCUCUCCCCUCCCAAGCUGCUUUCUCUCCGCAGCCGCCGCUGCCCCAGCCCCGGAUCUGCAUGUGGAAGUACCUGGACAUCCACUCCAUGCAGCGGCUGGAGAAGACAGCGAGCACGGAGGAGAUGCGGAACAACCCCCCUGGGCAACGUGGAGGAAUGCUACCGCUACUUCAGCAGCCUCCUCUUCUGCCAUGGCAUCAGGCGGCCCCCCUUCAGCAUCGACCUCUUUAAGGAGGAGCAGCUGCUGGCCGUGGCGGACUACGUGGUCAACACGUACUUCCGCCACUUCAAGCUCUACAAAUACGCCUUUACACCCCAGGUACCGGCCAUGGGCUGUGCGGAGCCACCCUGCCCGCCCCAGCCCGGCCUCACAGCCUCCUCUUCCCCUUUCUGCCCAGGUGCGGCUGGAUCUAUCUUUGACUUACAUAGGGCUACAGCCACCCAAGCUCUGGGCAGAGCGUAAGUUGGGUACCGAGAGGGCCAGGGCGGGGCCAGGGCGGGCCGAGCGAGGCUCUUCUUGCUUUUGUCUGGCAGAGAAAGAGAGUGAGGAGGCAGAGGAGCAGGCAGCCACCCCGCAGGAGGAGGAGCUGGAGACAGAGGCCCAGCCAGAGCAAGAGCCCAGUGAGGACCUGAGGGGGUUGGGGUGUCGUGUGGCUGCGCGCCGGCGUGAGACAUCAGGAUUUCAGGCUGUGCUGCCAGUCGGGUCUUUGUCCCAGAUGGCUCCUUACACAGCAGCGCUGGCACGUUUGGCAGUUCUGUACGCCGGGAUGCCACAUCUUGGGUCUUUUCUGUCCAACUCAUUUAAUCCACCUCUUCAAGCUGUGAACUGAAUGACAGCUGCCACUUGUAUCCACACAUUCCAUGCAGGAAGGUGAAAUAACACAGCUACUGAGCGGCGAUCAGAAUUUCAUGCCGCAAGUCCAGCUUGGCCACUCGGCCCCAGUGUCUCUCAGAGGGGCUGGCUGGCAUUUCCUGCCUGCCAGCCGCAGCGCCAUCUUCGUGGGCCCCUGGGGGGUGGGGUGAGGUCCCCCGCACCCACACAGCAUGGCUCCUGACCUGCCCCCCUCUUGGCGACCCCGCAGGCCAGGUCUCCGUCCUCCGCGCCUACAUUAAGACCCAGCUGAGCAGGGAGCUGGGGCAGCUCCAACAGCUGGUGGAAGAGCGGCUCAAGGCCA